AUGAGUGCCAAAAAUAUUAAUCGCAAAAGAAAACGUAUUAAAGUUGAGUGCUUAGAAUGUGKCAGCAGAUUUAACGACGAUUUUAAAAAAAAGCACGAAGAGAAGUUACAUAAUGGUAAACGGGUAAAUGUGAAACAUGUCGGCGCUCCUAAAAACCCGUUCGAAAGUGCGACCGAAACUUCACGACAUUUAUCGAAACAGAUUAAACUACAUAAUAUGAUUCCGUCAAGUUCAACUCAGACCAUGCAUAAUCCUAGUCAGACUGAAGCUAAAUCUGAAGAAACAGAAUCUGUAUUAGACGAGUCAAGUUCAACUCAAAUAGUCCCCAUAACAGAUUCUACAAAUGUGGUUGACCAUGAUAAAAUGGAUGUAAAUUGGUUGCUAUGUGCUGCUCAGUUAGCAAAUAUUUUUGAAGAUUUAACGGAAAUUGGUACAGUUUUAUCCAAACUAAAAACUGAAACAUUACCAAAUCCAAUUAUAUUUAUAUUAGAAAGUGUCCAGAUUAUCAACAGAAUAAAAUCUAAAUCUAAAGAAUUUUUAAAAAAUUCAAAUAUUGUAUUGGAAAAAUUUUCAGAAGGUACUGCAACUUCAUUGUCAAACAAUAUUAUUGAUGAGUUUAUAAAUCAUGAUCCAGGUGGUCGUGGACCAAUAAUUUCAAGUUCGCAACGUCAAUACCUUAUAGCUCUAGGUCCACAUCAGCCUAAGCUAACUAGAUAUCCAGUAAAUCCUAAUAUUAACCAAUGUAAACAGCACAGUUUUAGUUCUAAAUGGUUUAAUGAGUAUCCAUUGAUUGAAUAUAGUAUUUUGAAGGAUGCUGUAUUCUGUUUUGUUUUGGCACAAAAUGAAGAGUGUGGUGCUAAAAAGCUGGGAAAACUUGAGCAACAUUUUUCUUCUAMUUCACAUAAAGCAGCGUUAAACGACUACUAUCUAUUCAUGACUAAUUCAAAUCACAUUGAUAUCAUUUUAAACAGAGAAAAUAGAAAAAAAGCAAUACAAUUAGAGCAAGAAAAAGAUUUUAACAAGAAUAUUGUUAUUAUGUUAUUUGAUAUUGCUCGAACAUUAUCUCUGCAAGGGUUAGCGUUUCGAGGUGAUGGUGAUGAAAGUGGUGGAAAUUUUAUGCAAUUAGUUCAAUUAUUGUCUAGGCAUAACCCAUUAAUGGAUCGUUGGAUUAAGGAGACUUCUACACGGGCAUAUAAAGUUCAUUACUUAGGACCAAGAUCACAAAAUGAAUUCAUUGAAUUAUUGGCUAACGAAACACGUAAAAUAAUUGUAAAUGAAGUAAAAGAAGCAAUUAUUUAUUCUGUAUCGGCUGACACAACACCUGAUAUAUCACAUGAAGAUCGUCUAGCAGUAUGUACACGUUAUGUGAAUAGUCAAGGGCAGGCUGUUGAGCGACUUUUAGAGAUAUCAAAAGGAACAGAUAAGACUGGUUUAGGUACAGCUAAACAAAUUAUAAAUAUAUUAGAAAAUAACACGUUGAAUCCAGGGUUAAUAACUUUUCAAUCAUAUGACUUCGCCAGCAAUAUGUCUGGAAGAUAUAAUGGAACCCAUAUGAAAUUGUCAGAACUAACUGGUCAUCGAAUUCCAUUCAUACCUUGUCAGGCUCACAGGCUUAAUACAUUUUUAGAGCAUAGUUGUGAUGCAAGCACUAUUAUUGCAAAUAUGAUUGAUACUUUAGAAAAUCUCUAUGUAUUUUUUUCUGCAAGUAAUAAGAGGUAUGGUUUACUGAAUAUAAAAUUAUCUGAAAUCGAAAAUGCGUUGCAGCUAAAAAAUUUAUCAAAAACACGGUGGACAGCAAGAGCAGAAAGUAUCAAAGCUGUAUGGGGCUCAUUAGAAGCUAUUAUUAAAAGUCUUGAUGAAAUAUGUUCCGAUAAUGGACAUUUUGACAAGGGAACAAGAUCUAAAGCACUGGCUUUAAUUGAUUCCACUAUGAAAAUUAUGACUGAGAUAAACACUGAUGAACACGCUAUAAAUAAUUUAAUUGACAGCGCUUUAUCUUUUGCAAAUUUACUUGGAACAAACCCAGAGAGCUAUUUUAAAACACAUCAUCGUAGAAGAUUAUGUCCUAAACGAAUUGACUCAAGACCAUCAACUGAGGUUGAAUUUACAAUACAUUUAUUUUAUCGAAGAGAAUUUAAGUUAGUUCUUGAUACACUGAUCACAUUAUCAAAUAGCAACUUAAAACAAUGUAUUUCUUCUAUUCAGCCAUUGUUCAAAUUAUUUUCACAACCUUUAGACAAAUCAAAUAUUACUCUUGAAAACAUCACAAAUUCACUCUCUUUAUUUCCACCAGAUARUAUAGAUUCCAAUCUAAAAGAUCUAGAUUUAGUCCAGGCUCAAUUAGAGAUAUUAUUUAACAUGUUACCAAAUGAAUCAAACAAUUUUAAAUGUUUAAUGGAAAAGUCUGAAGAAGUCAAACAUAUUUUACCAUGUGCUAAUUUAUUAUGUCGUUUGGCUUUAACUUCUCCAGUGACUGUAGCAUCGAAUGAAAGGACAUUCA